AUGACCGAAAUGAGCGAGAAGGAGAACGAACCGGAUGACGCGGCCACCCACACCCCCCCGGGGACCGUCUCCGUCCUCCAAGAAACCAAGCUCCAGCGGUUCAAGCGCUCUCUUUCCCUCAAGACCAUCCUUCGAAGUAAGAGUGUGGAGAACUUCUUCCUUCGCUCAGGCUCUGAGCUCAAGUGCCCCACCGAGGUGCUGCUGACGCCCCCAACCCCGCUGCCCUCUUCCUCCCCACCACGGGCGUCCACAGAUAGGGGCCUGCCCACCCCAGCACCAUCCCCCUGCCCCGUCCCACGCCCCCUGGCAUCACUCAAACCAGUGAGGCUGCACAGCUUCCAGGAACAUGUCUUCAAGCGAGCCAGCCCCUGUGAGCUGUGCCACCAGCUCAUUGUGGGAAACUCCAAGCAGGGCUUGCGGUGUAAGACAUGCAAAGUCAGCGUCCACCUCUGGUGCUCUGAGGAGAUCUCCCACCAGCAAUGCCCAGUCAAGACAUCUUCCUCCUUCCGUCGCAACUUCAGCUCCCCCCUCCUGGUACAUGAGCCUCCACCAGCCUGUGCCACAAGCAGAGAGUCCCCACCCACUGGGGCCAGCUGGAAGGUGGACCCCAUCUACGAGACCCUACGCUAUGGCACCUCCUUGGCACUGAUGAACCGCUCCAGCUUCAGCAGCACCUCUGAGUCCCCCACACGGAGCCUGAGUGAGAGGGAAGAGUUGACUGAGGAUGGAGAAAGCAGCGUCCGCAGCUCUGAGGAGGGCCCAGGUGACAAUGCAUCUACAGUAUUCACAGCUCCCACAGAGAGCGAAGGGUCAGGACCAGAGGAGAAGAGCCCUGGACAGCAGCCCCCCAAACAGCCCCUGCGGAAGGACGUGGGGCCCAUGUACUCCUAUGUUGCACUCUACAAGUUUCUACCCCAGGAGAGCAACGACCUGGCUCUGCAGCCUGGAGAUCGGAUCAUGCUGGUGGACGACUCUAACGAGGACUGGUGGAAGGGCAAGAUCGGCGACCGUGUUGGCUUCUUCCCAGCCAAUUUUGUGCAGCGGGUGAGGCCAGGCGAGAAUGUUUGGCGCUGCUGCCAGCCCUUCUCCGGGAAUAAGGAACAAGGCUACAUGAGCCUCAAGGAGAACCAGAUCUGUGUGGGCGUGGGCAGGAGCAAGGAUGCUGACGGCUUCAUCCGCGUCAGCAGCGGCAAGAAGCGAGGCCUCGUGCCAGCCGACGCCCUGACCGAGAUCUGA